AUGGACUCAAUCCAAUCCCUCGACGACAUCGACCCCCUCAUCGCUCACGAACUCCUCUACACCGGCAGCAGCCCCGCCUGGACCUGCGUCUCAGACCCUCGAUUCUGCUACUUUCUCUACAUCCCACGCAACUACUACACUCUCCCGAAAACAACGGGAUCCCUAAACCUCAUAGUCCUGAUCCACGGUAGCGGUCGCAAUCCCUACACACUCCGCCGCGAAUUUUCUUCAUUCGCAGAACAGCAUGGAUGCGCUCUACUCGCCCCUCUGUUUCCAGUGGGACUUAUCGAUCCGCAGGACACGGUGAACUACAAGUAUAUCAAGUACAAAGACGUUCGGUAUGAUAGGGUGUUAUUGGCGAUGAUAGAUGAGGCAGCUGCCCGAUUUGGAAGGAUUGAUACAUCGAGAUUCUGUUUGUAUGGGUUUAGUGGUGGGGGGCAGUUUGUGCAUCGGUUUGCGUAUUUGCAUUCCCGGCGUGUAGCGGCGUUGGCGUGUGGUGCGCCGGGGACGCAGACGUUGCUGGAUUGGGAAAGAAAAUUUCCGGAUGGUGUUGAGGACUGGCAGGAUGUUUUUGAUGCGCCGAUUGAUUUGCAGGCAGUUAAGGAUAUUCCGACGAUGUUUGUGGCGGGGGAUCGAGAUACUGAUAUUUUUUAUGCGAUUGCGAGGGGCAGGAUCAGGGAAGAUCAGAGGGGGGAUGAGGAGGUUAUGGCGAAAUUCAGGGAUGGGAGGUAUGGGGCUACGACGAGGUUGUGUAAGAAUUGGCAACAGGUCGGAGUGAAGGAGUGUGUUAUGGUUGGAGUUGAGGGCGCCGGGCAUGAGGAGAGGCCGAUGUUGGAGUCCGUUAAAGCUUUUUUUGAGAGGUUUAUAAAUACAAAGCGAGAUGAGGCUACUAGAGGAUAA